AUGGGGAAGAAUCUUCUGCUGCUCCUGCUGGGCCUCUCCUUUGUGGUGGGCUUCCUGCAAGCUCUCACAUGUUUGCGGUGUGACAUGUUAAACUCUGAUGGGGUUUGUGAGAAAAGAAAUUCCACCUGUGAGACUGUGGAUGGCCAGGAAUGUGGCAUACUGGUUGCUUCUAAAGGUUAUGAUAUCUGGUUUGGGAUGCAGGAUUGUUCUUCCUUCUGUUUAAAUAAGACUUUCAACUUUCAUAAUGUAACAUUGGAUUUUACAUGUUGCCAUAACGAACCGCUCUGUAAUGUGUUUUAG